CAAAAUCAUCUGUCAUGGCGUCUUCCAACAAUGUUACUCCCACCAACUGUAGCUGGUGGCCCAUAUCAGCAAUGGACGAGGACGGCAAAAUCACAGACGGAGAAGAAAGCCACGAGCCUACGAUAGAACACAAGCCAUACUCCAAAGACAGGCUCGUUCUGUACCACUGGACUCAGUCCUUCAGCUCUCAAAAGGUACGUCUGGUGAUCAGUGAGAAAGGGCUGCUCUGUGAGGAACGUGAUGUCAGUCUGCCUCUUACUGAGCACAAGGAGCCUUGGUUCAUGAGGCUCAACCUAGGAGAGGAAGUGCCGGUUUUCAUCCACGGAGACACUAUCGUCAGCGACUAUAACCAAAUCAUUGAUUACAUCGAGACCAACUUUGUCGGAGACACAGUAGCUCAGCUGAUUCCAGAUGAAGGCACUUCCAUGAAUGCAAGAGUAAAGCAGUACCGGGAUUUGCUGGAUGGGUUACCCAUGGAUGAUUACACACAUGGAUGCAUCCUCCAUCCUGAACUAACUAUGGACUCCAUGAUCCCAAAGUAUGCCACUGCAGAAAUACGUAGACAUUUGGCCAAUGCUGCUUCUGAACUAAUGAAAUUAGAUCAUGAGGAGACCCAGCUGACAGAACCAUACCUCUCCAAGCAAAAAAAGCUCAUGGCAAAGAUUCUGGACCACGACAAUGUGAACUACUUAAAGAAAAUCCUUGGUGAGCUGGCCAUGGUACUAGACCAAGUAGAGGCAGAGCUGGAAAAAAGAAAACUGGAAUAUCAUGGUCAAAAGUGUGAAUUAUGGCUUUGUGGACCUACUUUUACACUAGCUGAUAUUUGUCUUGGAGCCACAUUGCACAGGCUCAAGUUCUUGGGACUCUCAAAGAAAUACUGGGAGGACGGGAGCCGACCAAACCUCCAGUCCUUUUUUGAGCAUGUGCAGAAACGCUAUGCUUUCCGUAAGGUGUUGGGGGACAUCCACACGACCCUCCUAUCUGCUGUUCUUCCCAAUGCAUUCCGAAUGGUAAAAAAGAAGCCACCGUCCUUUAUUGGGGCAUCCUUCUUAAUGGGGUCUCUCGGGGGGAUGGGUUAUUUUGCCUAUUGGUUUUUAAAAAAGAAAUACAUGUAGUAAAUGUGCUCUUGUAGUGUUUGGUGUCUGUGUAUCUGUGUGAUGUUCUAACUUUUCGGUAACACUGUUUUAUGAGAGCAGGAAAACAAGAAAACAUACACAGAUAAUCAAUAUUACUUAUUUGAGUGAAAGAAUGAAUAAAUGAAUAAAUAUAUAUAUUAAGAACAUUCCAAGACUAGGAAUUCUUCCAAACAGCACCUUCUCUGGUAAUCAAUGACUUUUUAUUUACAUUUACCAUUUUGUUUAUUGAUUUAAAGGGAUGGUUCAGCCAAAAUUGAAAACUCUCAUCAUUUAUACACCCUUUGCCAACCCAGAUGUGUGUGGCUUUUCUUCUGCUGAACACAAAUGAAUAUUUUUAAGAGAAUAUUUCAGCUCUGUAGGUCCAAACAAUGCAAGUGAGUGGAUCCUAAAAUUGUCUUGCUCUCAAAGAAUUUAAAGGCAUAAAUAUUGAUCUGUUUCUUACCCAGAUCUUUCAUAUUGCUUCUGAAGACAUAGAUUUAACAACUGAAGUCAUAUGGAUUACAUUAGUGCUGCCUGUAUGCACCUUUUGAAGCUUCAAAAUUUUGUUACACAUUCACUUGCAUUGUGAGGACCCACAUAGCUGAAAUAUUCUUCUAAAAACCUUCCUUGUGUUCAGUAGAAGGAAGAAAUUAAUACACGUCUGGAAUGACAUGAGGGUGAGAAAAUGAUGAGUGAAUUGUAAUUUUUGGAUAAACGUUCCCUAUAAUAUUCUGUUCAUAUUAGGCUUGCAGACAGUCAAACAAUAUUCCUUUCAAAUUAUAAACACUACACAUUUUGCCAUUCAGAACGCAUGUAGUUCAAUUUGAUUAAAUGGAAUAGCACAAUAGUCAAGUAAACUUUAAGUACAUUAAAAACUUAAAGCCAAAAAAUAAAGUUUAUACAUCAUCGUAGUACUUUGCAUUCUUAUUUUAAGCUCUCACCUUUUGUCUUAUUUGCCAUUAAAGGGUUUCAACCCUGAAACUUAUGGCACACAAAAGUUUUGUGAACACAUCAAAAUUAUGAAAACCUAAUCAUUUUGGGUUUAUUCCCUUUUGCAAAUGUAUGAAAUCAGCAUUCAGUCACACAUUUUUAGUGCAGAUUUACAUACAGCACACUAGGGUUUUAAAUAUUCAUUAGCAGAAUGCACCACAUCACUAUCCAUGACACCACUCUGAAUGGUCCUGACCGUUUGCUGCUGCAGUUGGUGAGAAGAACCAGAGACAUUUUUACAGACCUCCUCUGCAGAGGUUUUAUAAUUUUACAAUACUCUUACAGAGAAAGCAAAGAUUAGAGUUUCAUGCAGAAAUCAUUGAAGAGAACAGAACGUGUUCCCUUAUACAAGACUGCCAAUCUGUGCAUAUUUCUUUUUUGUAUAUUACUUUUUGAAAUUUGAGUUGAAUUCUUUAUAAUUUUGUUUUCAUUUUUUAUUAUCACUAAUGAAGUCCCCAAAAUUCAACUGAGCCACAGUUUGAAUACAUUUUCUCUUAAAAUGGAGGUGGUGUAAAAGAGUGUUGAUUGACAGUUCUGAGUGUAAAAGAUCCUGGGACUUUUGUUAUUAAAUCAAAUACACCACAAAUUCAAUUGAAAAACUAGGAUCAUAACAAAAAUCUAAUUAUUAAAGUAGGGUAUCCAUUUUUUCCCCCAAGCAUGCCACAAGAUGUAACGGGUUUAUAACCAAAGACAAUAACAAGGUUUAGAAGAGAAAUGUUUAUGCAAAUUCAACUUAAUCAGACUGACAAAAACCUGCAAGAAACCAUGAAAUAAAGAUUAUAUAAUAUGGAUGUUAUACCACCUCCUUCAAGCCAUAUACAACCACACAGAUGUAUUAACACUUUGAUUAAAUUGUGUGCGCUGCUGUUCCGUCAUUUACACUACUUUAACAGAGUAAAAUGCCUGAGAUUAACAUCUCAACACAUCUCUCCUGAGAGGAGAAAUGAGUUGAGAAAUCUCAUUUAGAAAGACACUUAACUCCAAAAUGGAAUGUUGGUUAAAUUAAUAAAUGAAAAAUAAUAUAUAGAUGUCUGUGGUCAUUAGACUUCACAAUAGUUUAUUUUUUAUUUUUAUAUAUUUCAAAUAUGCAUUUAUUUAUAGUGCUCCUUAAUCUGUUUGUUCAUGAGCCUUAAUUUGUUCAGUUGCCAUCAAUUGAA